GCAGGAUUUCCGGAUACUUAUAUUUGCAAAUGCAAUUAUCCAAUUAUAUUAGAUUUUAAGAUAUAUGUAAGGCUUAAAAGCAUAUCCUGCAACAGAAAACAAUAUCACAUACUGAAAAUAUAUUGAUUUUAUUGAGCAGAACAUCCAUUAAAUUUUGACAUAGUUUUACCUGUGGCAUGCUGUCAGGCGGUGUCCAGAAUGUUGUCAAAUCAAUUUAGAAACCUUCAUCCAAUCAGUGUGAGGGUGUGCCGCCUCAAAUGCCAAAGUCUUGAUCCACCCCUGCUAGACCAAGUCUUAAGUUGCAGUUAUAACUUGAUUUGCUUUGUCGUAUAAUAGUCUGGAAUAAGAUCAAGUUCACCGAUCCACAAUAUGCACAUUGUUUGCAUAAAAUGCCUUUAAUGUUGAAACUGUGCUAGAUGUGGGUUUACAAUUGUAAAGGUCUUGAACACAGAUAAUAUUAUAUUUGUGCUAGUGGUUUUCGAGUGACCUUUGGAAGGACUUAAUUUAAACUGCCUAUAAGAAUUCCAAAAAUGGAGUAAAGUUACACCAUUGACUAAACCAUGGCACAUUUAUUGCAAAAAGCACUGCCAUGCUGUAGAAUAAAGUAUUUGUGGAAAACAUUCAUUGUUCGCAACCAGCAUACGUUGCAACAAUAUGUUACAGUGCUCAGCAAUUCCUUGCAGAAUCAAACUGUCAAAGACUGUACACGGUUCGAUACAAAAGUUGAUUCCGUUGGAAGACAAUUAGGAAGGACAUACGUAACUCUUGCAAAACCCUUUGCCAAAUAUGAUUCUGGGACAUGUUUUGCAAACUCACAUGGUAUUAGCACUUCCAAGAAAAGUCUUCCUCACGUUCUUCAUAGGACAGAAUCUCAUGUGGCAGAUCCACUGUUUCAAAGAUUGAAAACAUCAGUUUCACGAACACCAGCAGCAAGUUUGCACCAGCAGCGAAGGUAUGUUGUGUCGACUUCCCCUCACGUAGUGCUUGGUACGAAAUGGCGCAAAGGGGAGAUCCCGUUUUUAGAUGGCGUUGAGUCGACAAAUCUUCAUAUCGAGGAGCUGGAGGACAAGCUGUUCGAUUAUUUGUGCGAAGACAGUCAGGUUUUGCUCAUCUCAAAAUUUAAAAAGGCCAUAACAUCUACGGGCCUGAGAGAGACGGACCCACGCCUUGCUGACUGUAUGAGGAACUUCACAAAGCACACAAAUGCUGAACAUAGAGACGACCACAGCCACCAUGGCCCUGCUGUCGACAGGGAAACAUUCAAGCAAAUUAUUGCACCUAACAUAGUGCUGAUAGCGAGUGCAUUCCGUAACCAGUUUGUGGUUCCUGAUUUCGACCACUUCUGCAAGAAUAUCGAUCAGAUGUACUGGAAUUGUCGUGAUCAAAUCGGUGGAAAGGUUGCGACGUACAUUCCACAGCUUGCGAGAUACAAUCCAAAUAUGUGGGGAGUGUCCUUGUGUACCGUUGAUGGUCAAAGGUACUCCCACGGCGAUGUUCAAGUGCCGUUUUGUCUUCAGUCAGUGUCCAAACCCCUCACAUACGCCAUGGUUCUUGAUGAACUCUCACCACGCGUCACGCACGAGUAUGUUGGGCAGGAGCCCAGUGGCGAAUCAUUUGACAGUAUUUCUCUUGACUACAGAGACAAGCCCCACAAUCCGAUGAUAAACGCUGGUGCCAUUAGUGUUUGCUCUCUUUUAAAACAGAAUCUCAAUCUGGCCGACAGGUUUGACUAUGUAACCUCGAUAUUAAAAAGACUUACUGGUGGGGAAUAUCUGGCUUUCAACAAUUCAGUGUUCCUAUCUGAGCGUGAGACAGCAGACAGGAACUUUGCUUUGGCAUACUACAUGAGGGAGAAAAAGUGUUUUCCUGAAGGAUGUAACUUAAUGGAGACUCUAGAUUUCUAUUUCCAAAUGUGUUCUCUAGAGGUGACAUGUGAGUCAGGGGCGGUGAUAGCGGCCACUCUUGCCAACGGGGGGAUAUGUCCUAUAACUGGUGACAAAGUGUUGUCUGCUUCGUCUGUUCGUGACACUCUCUCACUCAUGUUAUCGUGUGGCAUGUACGACUAUUCGGGGGAGUUUGCUUUCAAGGUUGGUCUCCCAGCCAAGUCCGGUGUGUCAGGUGUCAUACUGAUAGUUGUGCCAAACAAGAUGGGCUUCUGUACCUGGUGCCCAGCCCUCGAUAAGUGGGGCAACAGCGUGAGAGGCGUCCAGUUUGCUAGGGACCUGGUGGCUAAGUUCAACUUCCAUCACUAUGACAACCUGAAGUUCACGGCGAAGAAGAUAGAUCCGUGUAUUCAGACAAUUGAAUCUCGUGCGUCUGAAGUUGUUAAUCUGUUGUUUAGCGCUUACAACUGCGAUGUGUCAGCGUUGAGGAGGUACGCUCUCAGUGAUCUAGAUAUGGACCAGGCGGACUAUGACGGCCGCACAGCACUUCACAUCGGGUCUGCUGAGGGUCAUGAGCCUGUUGUUAACUUCCUCAUCAAUAAGUGCAAGUGUAACCCCAAUGUUGUGGACAGAUGGGGAUUCACUCCCCUAGAUGAUGCAGUGAGGUUUGGCCACACCAAGGUGAUCAGUAUACUGAAGGAAGCCAUGAAUCAAUACAACGCUAACGAAAAAAUCGACAGAAGUUUUGCAGCCAUUGAUAGCGUGACUUACAGCGAUAUUGCUUUUAAGGCAGUAAGAACGGUUGACGAUGCAUCCACGAAUUUAAUGGAUAGAAAGACAUCGUCUGAUGAAGUGAUUUACAAUAUUGAUAAUGCUCACAAUGAAUUGGAGGGCGAAAUUCGUACGGUGGAUAAAGAUUAUGAUAAAUGAUGAUUGAAGAAAUACAAAAAAAUUAUUCUGCGAGUGUUACUGAUGAAGUGGAAUCUUUAUGAUUAAGAAGGCCAGAGGGAUCUUUAUAUAGGACUUCCUUAAUUAAAUUGUUUCUUUGAAGUGGAUCAACCAAUCUUCAGCUCAUCAGAAAAAAAUAUAGCUUUUAUCACAGCAUUGGUGUGAUUGUUUGUUUGCAAAAACUUAAAACUUCGCAAUUACUCAAAAGACAAUCAAGAUAUUUCAGUGAAACAUUAAACACAUGUUGCCAGAGAAUAUAUGUACCGGGUAUCUGUACAGCAUGUCCCAUAACUCUGGCUUUAUUAAUUGUUGAGUUAUGCCCCUUGUUUGACUAAAGAAGACAAUGACGCUCUUGUUUAUGUGUUAACACUUACAAAUAUACAUGAUUUUGACUAGUCUCUGCUCCCUUAAUGAGAACUCUAUUUGUGUUAAUUCUUAAAUGGAAAUUGUAAUUUGGGCCACAGGCCUGCACUACAGUAUGUUUUAUAUUAUGUUGGUUUUAAUGGUACAUGUUUAGGUUGUAGGACCCAGCCCCCAACCAUUUCCAAGACCCCUCCCCCUCCUUUUAAAUAAAUUAUUAAUCUUUUAUUUUGUGACAUGAUAUGGGAUGGGAGGAGGGGAAUUUUGUCCACCUAAAAAAAUUAGGGGGGGGGGUGAUUUGUCAAUCUCUAGCCUUUCUGUUAUGUUAGACCAUUAUUCAAUCAUCAGAAAACAAUGGUAACUUUAAUAUUUCGCUAGAUUUUAAAAACACAUCUUGAACAUUCUGUGAAUAUUUGUGAAUGUAGUGAUUCUUUGUGAAAUUAAGACAAUCUGUAGCUAGUGCUUUGCAAAAUUGUCCUUUCUUGUUUUUUUUGUACCUCCAUGUAUCCAUCCGCCCAAUGGCGACCCUUCUGUAGCUUUGUUUUAUAUAAUGUAGGGUGAACUAGAGAUAUUUUGUAGAUACAUGUAUGUUUGUUAUUAUGAGUCACUCUAGUUGACCUUUUUUCCCAUUAAGGACAAAUUGCUCUUUGAUUUUAAGUUGAAGCAGAAGUCAAUCGAAUUUAGAUGCAAACAAAAUAAUUGUACAAUGAAAUUCUAUCAGUAUUAUGCUCCACCAUGGGAUGUCGGCCACAAGGGGGAUUAAGACAUGUCGGCCACACGGGGGAUUAAGACAUGUCUGCCACACGGGAUUAAGACAUGUCGGCCACAAGGGGGAUUAAGACAUGUCUGCCACAUGGGGGAUUGAGACAUGUCUGCCACACAGGGGUUUAAGACAUGUCUGCUACAUGGGGUAUUAAGACAUUUCUGCCACAUGGGGGAUUGAGACAUGGCAAAUUGCAAAUUUUGUUGUCCUAUUCCACCCCAAAUCCUUACUGUUUUAAAAAUCUUUAAAGACUAUUUCCAGGGUGGCGCUGGCAAGGUCUUUCAAAAUCCUGCCAUUGGGAAUCAACUACUGGUAUCUUAAGUCCCCUUUGGGCAUCAACACACCCUCCGCUCCCCCUCCCCCCUCCCCUAUGUGGUAUCCGAACAAGUUUUUGUUGUUUUGUCUACCUGUAUCAAACUAUCAGCGUAACUUUUUUUGCAACAAUUUUUUUUUUAUAUUUAUCAUUUUUGUGUCGCCUUUCAAAUCCAACUACAUGUAUUUGUUUUUCAAUGGUUUAGUAUUGAGGUUUUAAACUUUAUAAGGCUGCACACUUUUGAUCACAUAUCAUAAGGCAACAAAAUCUGAAAUUUAUCAUUCAUUGUGUCGCCUUUUAUAUACCACUAUAAGCUUUUCAAUGAUUUAGUGUUGAGUCUUCAAAAUUGAUUUUGAGGUCAAUAGGUCAGAAGUCAAGGUCAUGAGAUUUUAUUGAUAUUUCUGUAUUCAGUGUUUCUAGAACUCUUUUGUUGAUAUUCUUGCUUUAUGACAAGAACAUCCCAUAAGAUUUGAUUUUAUCUUUAGUGACUGAUUGUAUUUUUUGGAAUUAUUGUACAGUACCGGCUUUAAUAUGCAUUUACAAGCUAGAAGAGGCUCUUAUGAAACAUAACAGUUAAUUUUCAUGGCUGCAUGUUUGUGCUAUUCUUUUCAAGUAUUUUGUUUUAUUAUGCAUGUCUUUCAUGACAGUUUUUUAUGUUUACAUGAAUCUCAAUUAUAUUUUAACUUUUACAUCAUGAAAUAGGAUAUUAUACAUGUAUACCGGUAACCAAAGCCAUUAUAAUCAUGGUGGUUUUCUUUUCUACAUCGUUUUAUUACCAUAUUUAGGUCAAAGAAAAAAGUCAAGGUGUUGUCAUAGACUUGGUGUCGUUUUCCGGAGCAGCAGCAGCAAAGUACAAAAACUUUGGCAGUAACUCAAUACAACUUUUUGAGAUAUUCACAUGGAACUGUGUACACAUGUAACCAUCGACAAUUUGCUUGUGUAGCGUUGCCCAUAACUUGAAUAAUAAUCGAUUUAUUACCGUUGAUUGACUGGGAAAAACGGUGAGCGUUUGCAACCUUCUGUAAUGAUCUUGUCCAUUUUACAUCAGUUUAUUUUAGUUUAUGACUUAUUAUCAACUUACUAUGAUCAAUUGUUAACUGUAUCAAAGAGUGUAUUUUGUUUGUGUACAAUUAAAUAAAAGA